AUGAGUGCAUACCACGAGAUCAUUGAGGCAGACAAAGUCUACCUGGAGGAGGUGGGGAUGCGCGACACACUACAGCAGUUUGUGGCCGACGCCAUGGAAAGCCACCCGGUCAACGUCUAUGAGUACAUGAUUACGUGGGCCACAAAGAGGCAGGCGUCGUCGAUUCCGUCGCCAAAGGGUGUGGCGCACCGCGAUGAUGAGGAGAAGUGCCCAAUAGGAGAGGAGGAGGAGGAGGGCGCUGCCGCGAAGACGCAGGCGGAGGAGGAGCCAGGUGCCAGCGACCACGAGCAGCACCACUUUUCAUCGAAUAAAAGCUCACCAUCGGGUGCUCACUCAUUGAAUCGCGCCAGUUCCGUAAAUUCGAAGGCUUUUUUCCCCGUGGCAGCGGCCAAGUCAGAGAGGACGGAGGGCGAGGAGGGGAUGUAG